CACCCCUACCGGUCUGCAUGUUGAAUAGCACAUCCCUAUCUAUACACGUGCGAGAAAUAAUAACAAAUAAUAAUAAAUAAAAAUGCUGCGAAAACAGGCCCGUCAACGGAGGGAAUAUUUAUACAACAAGGCUCUGACCGAGCGUCUAAAGGCAAAGCAAAAGAUCCAGGAAACCGUGGUCCAAAGCUUGGCCGAAAACAAGUCCAUCGGUUCCAAAAAUGUGAAAAAGAGCAUGACAGUUUACAACUCGCUGAAAUAUAUUGAUGAUGGUGUCGACGACCGCACAGUCCAUGAUGAGUACCAUUACGCUGGAGCAGAAGAUCCAAAAAUUAUGUUAACCACCUCGCACAACCCUUCGUCCAGAUUAAAGUUGUUCAUGAAGGAGCUGCGUUUGAUAUUCCCCAAUGCUCAGCAAAUGAACAGAGGAAACUACCAGUUGCCUACGCUAAUGCAUGCAUGUCGUGCAAAUAAUGUAACCGAUUUCCUAAUUGUGCACGAGCAUCGUGGCGUUCCGGACAGCCUUGUGGUUUGCCAUCUUCCUUACGGUCCAACUGCGUUCUUUAACAUAUCAGAUGUUAUAAUGCGUCAUGAUAUUCCCGAUAUUGGACACAUGAGUGAACAGAAACCGCACUUAAUUUUUAACAACUUCAAAACGCCCAUUGGAUUGCGAACUGUCAAGAUACUAAAACACUUGUUCCCUGUCCCGAAGGAAAACUCCCAAAGAGUCAUGUCUUUCCUAAACCACAACGAUUCGAUUAUCUUUCGACAUCAUCAAUACAAAUAUACGAAUAAAGAAUUGGAGCUUAGCGAAGUUGGCCCAAGAUUUGUCUUGAAGUUGUAUCAAAUUAAAUUGGGAACACUUGAAAACAUAAAGGCGGCUGAUACUGAAUGGAUAAAUAGACCAUACAUGAACACGUCACAAAAGAAGCUCAUAUUUUCUAACGAUCCUGGUCUAACAAGUCGGGAUACUGAAGUAUAGAAAUGAUUGUACCGAUAAUAAAUAAAAUCAAAACGAAAAUAAA